AUUCUGUAAUCUAUUGCGCAACAAUGGAAUAUACGCUAAAUAAUGAAAUCGACUUUGAAGAAAUGCGAUGUUGUCGUGCAUGUCUGUCGGUCGCAUCACAAGAUGAACUUGCAGACUAUAUUGAUUUGUUGCAGUUAUACAGCUCCGAAAGCGAUACUCUUACAUUACUGGAGUUGUUCAAUAAAAGCACACAGCUUUAUAUUGGGGUAGAAGAUUUCCAUAUCGUAGGCUAUCCUCCUUGCCAUUAUAUUUGUGGUCGUUGUCGCCUUGAUCUUGUCCAAGCCUAUGAGUUUAUAACGCGAGCACAGUUGAAUCACCAAUUAUUAACACAGUCUAAGCAAGAGAUUAUUAAAGGAAAUGAAUAUGCAGAAGACCAUGAUGCCGAUGAAUUGGAAAAGGCGGAAGUAGAGGAGGAGUUUAUAGAAAAGGAUUUUGAACCUGUCGAAUAUGAACGAAACUCAAACAGCACUGGAAGUGUGUUGAAUGACGAUAAUAAUGGCUCGUACGAACCUUUACCAACUACACUCAUUAGUGUAGAGCGUGUUUUCUCUAACGAACCAAUUAUUUCAAAAAGUAACAUCAAUGCCUCAGAAGAGUCACCGGACGAUGAAGAAGCUAAAUCAAGUUCGUGUCUUAAAUUAUCUCAACGUGGAGCAGAGGAAAGGAAUACUGGCGAUGAGUCUAAGUCCUGUUUUGACUUCAAAUGCGAGUUUUGUACAUCGGUAUUCCAAUUCCAAAGAGAUUUGCUUCAGCAUUAUGAAGUUGAACAUGGGGAUAAAACACAUAAUUUCCCAUGUGAAUAUUGUCCAAAUCGGUUUGUGUCGAAAAAUGUACUACGUUUGCAUCGACGACAGGUUCAUCAGAAAGAUGAAUAUAUAGACUGCGAACAUUGUGGACGCACUGUAUUGAAGACAUUCUACAACAAACAUUUAAAGCGCCAUAAACAACUGAAGUUCUUAUGCAACAAAUGUCCUAAAAUAUGUGCUUCCCGUUUCACACUUAAAAGGCAUUUAGAACUCCACUCAGAUGAACGUGAUCGAAAUAUUGAAUGUAUCGACUGUGGAAAAAGAUUUUUUACACUCGAAAAUCUCCAAUUGCAUCAAACUACUCACAUCUUACCAGAAGAUCGAGCAAUAUUCGAAUGCACAAUUUGUUCAAAAACGUUCCUGCGUAAAUCAAAUCUUGGUUUACACAUGCAAAUGCAUCGUGGCAAGACUAUCGAUUGCCCACAUUGUGGCAAAAAGUUCGUACGACGCAAAGAUCUCGAAGUACAUAUACGUUUUCAUACUGGCGAUUUUCCAUUUGCAUGCUCGAUGUGUGACCGGAAAUUUGCUAUAAAGGGCCAUCUUAACUACCACGAGAAACGACAUCUAGGUGUACGCUACAAAUGUGAUGAAUGUGAAAAAACAUUUAUAAAUCUCGCUGGCUUGAGGCAACAUCAAUACGAGCACACGGGAAUGCCAUUGUUGUGUGGAGUGUGUCAGCGUGGAUUUCCUACCAAAUUUAAGGUUCGCCGUCAUUUGCGCACCGUGCAUCAGGAUCUUUUUAAGAAAACUGGUUACACAGAUGCGCUAGCAAAGAAGUACAUACUUUCAGGAUCAAAGUCGACCGUUGGAGAAAAGAAAGAAACUGAGUUUGCAGACAGUACUGAAGGCACUGUCGAGAUGCUGGAGGAGCAUGCUGGAGACAUUCCACUAAACAUGCUAGAUGUUUAAAUUUUGCUUUAGUAAAAGUAAUAUACGAGUUAAAUAUGUAUGCGUUUUUAAGACAGCCAAAUUUUAAAUAAGCAGUAUUUAUUUAAAACCUAUACACGAUCGAUAUAAUUUACAAAUAAAGUGGUAUACAUAAAGUUACUUAAAAUAUAUAAUCUAUUUAUAUUGGCAGUGUCUACACACACGCGCCACGGCUAGUUUAAAAAUUACCGUAUAUCUACGGCAAAAUUACGUGGAUUAUGUGUUGCCGGAGAAGUGGGGCA